AUGACACAAAUCAAUUUUGAAGUGGGUUCUAGUUUAUGUAGUUCUCUUGCCCCAAAUGAGGAACCCUACAUUACAGAUCCCUCAUCAGUAGUUGAGAACUCUACUACUUCAUCUAUGAGCGUGCGGUCUACCCCUGAAAUUGAAAAGAAGUUUGUUCAUCAUGUUUAUGAUGUUAUUGCACCUCAUUUCAGUUCCACUCGGUUCGCCAAGUGGCCAAAGGUUGCCUCUUUUUUGUCAUCUUUGCCUUCAGGAUCUCUUGUCCUCGAUGCGGGAUGCGGGAACGAGAAGUACUUAGGUUUAAACCAAUAUUUCUUUUUUAUUGGAUGUGAUAUAAGUACUUCGUUGAUUAAAAUAAGCUUAGAUCGAGGGCAUGAAGUUAUGGUUGCAGAUGUUGUGAAUCUUCGUUACAGAACUGGUUUUGGUGAUGCGACAAUAUCUAUAGCUGUGUUACAUCAUUUGAGCACCGAAAAUAGGAGAAGAAAAGCAAUAGGAGAGUUAGUCCUGUUAAGUUCAAAUGCUAUUUAUAUUGUCUAUCAUGUUAUGAAUCAUAACAAUUUUCAAGAGUGUAAGUGUUGUGAUUAA